CAAGUUGAGGUUCAGUCCAGAGUAGGCGGCAGGCAGCAGGCAGCCCCGAUUGCCAGACUCCCCUCUACCAAGAUGAUUUUCGUGGUUUCAAGGAUGAUUCUCUUCAUGGUGGGCCUUCUAGGCUCUGUCACCUCUGUGGAGGUGACCAUCCCAGUGAAGAUGGUGAACGUGACGGCUGGGAUGGACGCCACUCUGCUCUGCACAUACACCAGUACCGCCCCCUCUACGAGCCAGUUUACCAUCCAGUGGUCCUUCUACCACAUCAAGAAAUUCAAUAUAAUCUCGAUAUAUUAUUCUGUGAAUGGACAACCAUCUGACAUUGGAAAAUAUAAGGACCGGAUUACAGGGGCCUCAACCCCAGGAAAUGCCUCCAUCACUAUCUCCAACAUGCAACCUUCAGACAGUGGCGUUUAUAUCUGCGAUGUCAUCAACCCAUCUGACUUUUAUGGAACUAACCAAGGAUUUAUUGUGGUCAACGUGUUAGUGAAACCUUCAACGCCUCAUUGUAGCAUCCGAGGGACCCCGGAAGCAGAGCAUACCAUCUCCCUUUCCUGCUACUCUAGCGAAGGGAUGCCAUCGCCUGUGUACCAGUGGUUUAAACUGGAGGAAGAUACCAUCAAACCUGUGAAAGAGCACUACAAUCCAACGACCGGGCUCUUGGUUAUCAGCAAUCUGACCAACUUUGAAAAAGGCCACUACCGGUGUGUCGCUAGCAACAAUCUCGGGAACAGCUCCUGCGAGCUUGAUCUCACCACUGGACAUUCAGAAGCGGGCAUCAUCACCGGGGCACUGAUCGGAGCAAUCCUGGCAGCAAUCAUCAUCUGCUUGAUUGUUUGGUUUUUCAUGACCAAGUCCAAGUCCAAGAAAAGAAAAGAGAUUACAAAGGAGAUGCAGCCUAUAACGAAGACAAUUCAAAGUUCGGAGUAUGAGUCAGUGCCAGCCCAGGAAACUACCUCCCCAGAAGUGCCUCCAUCAACCAAAGAGCCUGAAUUAUUGGCCCCCAACCAUGAAGAGGCUGAAGGAGAGGAGAAAUAGGCUGUGACUAAAGACACAGCUGCACUACAGCCAACCCACCGGUAGUGUUUGGAGCUGAGUUGCCAUGGAAACCCCCCAUAACAAAGCCUGCCUGUGAUUAUAGCCUAGACAUCCACAUAUUUCCUACUCUGAAUCUCAGGCAAGAGGCUCAUUUUAGCUACCCAAGAAAUACAAGGGCUCCUGCACAAUAUGUUGGCAGUGUGUUAUUUUGCUUAACUAUAUUUCUAAAAUGUGUACAAGCAAUUUGGUGGAUGGAGAGAUCCUUGGACCUGGGAGUCCGGAGAUUAAGUUUCUUCCAUUAUCUCCAUGUGUGACUGAGAAAAUCCCUUCUCUUCUUUAAGCCUCAGUUUCCCCAUCUGUAACAUGAGGGGUGGGAGUGGACCAAAUGGUUUUUAAGGGCUCUGAUAAACUCUGUCACAUUAUGAUGUCCACAAUAAAUGAUUGAUGAUUUCUAGUUUAAAAAACAA